AUCCCUGAACUAGAAUUGGCCCUAUAGUUCUCUCUCCUUUUAUCCUGGGGACCAAGGAUAGCUGAAGAAAAGUCAUAUCGUCAUUCAGAUUGUUGUCCCUGUGGAUUUGUGAUAAGUACUCAUAUCUGUAUUAGUACUUCUCAGCAGUAGUUGAUCAGCACUCUCACUGAUUCCACUCAGCAUUUAUCCAAAAAUAUCUCCUCCGUGAACAAGCCCAUAUUCUUCCGUGAAUUUAAUACCCCCUGCAAGGACUAACUACAAGAUAGUUCUUCUCCGUAGACCUGUUUCCUGAGCUGCAUACUUAUAUACGUUAAAAAAAAAACAAACAAACCCGUUGCCAUCUAGUCGAUUCCGACUUAUAGCAACCCUAUAGGAUAGGGUAGAACUGCCUUAUAGAGUUUCCAAGGAGCAUCUUGUGGAUUCGAACUGCCAGCCUUUUGGUUAGCAGACGCAGCUCUUAACCACUACGCCACUAGGUGUCUAUUAAAUUUCUCCACCUGGUUGUUAACAGUUCCUGUGAACAACAUGUCCAAAGUAAAGCUCUUCCUUUUAUUACUAACCUUUCUUCUCCCACAGUAAGAACAGUUGUAGCCUUUUUGAGUGAUUACUUUGUGUCAUACGCUCCAAGUGCUAAGGAUUUUACAUGUAUUAUCUGAUUUAAUCAUCAUUACAACGUGAGAUAGAUGCCUUUUUUCUUCCUGUUCUACUGCUAAAGAGAGGAGCUAUGAAGCUAACUUGGUCGCACGACUCUUAUGUGGCAGAACUGGAAAUGAAAUCCAAAUAGUCUGUCCCCAGAGUUGACUCUUGAAAACUUCGCACAGUAUUGUCUUCCCAGAUUGCUCUUCUUCUUACACUCCACCUGGAUGGCAAAGUGGGAAAUUUUAUUUGUUCAGACUCCUUCCUCUUUCCAACCGUCAGGUUUGUCUCCUCACUGGACUAUGAGCUCCUUGAAAGAAGGAAUCGUGUCUUACUCAUCUUUGUAUCCUCAGUGUCUGGCACAGUUCUUGGUACAUAUUUCUAGUGCCAAAUUAAAAAGAAAAAAGAACUGGUUUGCAACAGCAGUAUAUACAGAAGUAGCCGUAGAUGGAGAAAUUAAGAAAACAGCAAAAUCCAGUAGUUCUUCUAAUCCAAAAUGGGAUGAACAGCUAACCGUAAAUGUGACCCCACAGUCUACAUUGGAAUUUCGAGUCUGGAGUCAUCACACUUUAAAAGCAGAUGCUAUGUUGGGAAGAGCAACAGUAGAUUUGAAACAAGCUCUGUUAAAACACAAUAGAAAAUUGGAAAGAGUGAAAGAACAAUUAAAACUUUCGUUGGAAAACAAGAAUGGUAUAGUGCAAACUGGUGAAUUGACAGUUGUACUUGAUGGAUUGGUGGUUGAGCAAGAAAAUCUAGCAAACUGCAGCUCGUCUCCAACCAUAGAAAUACAGCAAAAUGGUGAUGCCUUACAUGAAAAUGGAGAGCCUUCAGCAAGGACAGCUAUAAGGUUGGCUGUUGAAGGUACUAAUGGAAUAGAUAAUCAUGUACCUACAAGCACUGUAGUCCAAAACUCACACUGUUCAUAUGUAGUUAAUGGAGACAACAAUACAUCUUCAUCUCUGUCUCGGGUUGCUGCCAGACCCAAAAAUACACCAGCUCCAAAACCACACACAUCUGAGCCUGCCAGUGACACUGUUAACGGAGAGUCAUCCUCAUCUGCACCAACUGAUAAUACAUCUGCCACGGGGACUGCAGUAGUAUCUGAAGAAACCACCUUGUCUUCAAAUUGCACUAGUACUACUGUCGAAGAUCCUUCAAUUCAAGAAAUACCGACUUCCUCAGAAAACAAUGAAUGUAUUCCUUCUACCAGUGCAGCAUUGGAAUCAGAAGCCAGAAGUACAUUAGACCUUGCCACCUCUAAUUCAGGAAAUAGUUCUGCUUUUGAAGCAGCCAAGAUAAGACAGUCAGAUGGGUGUGUAGAACCUAUACAGCAACAGUCUGGAAAUACCAACACAGAAACUUUGCCAUCAGGGUGGGAACAGAGAAAAGAUCCUCACGGUAGAACCUAUUAUGUGGAUCAUAACACCCGAACCACCACGUGGGAGAGACCACAACCAUUACCUCCAGGUUGGGAAAGAAGAGUUGAUGAUCGUGGAAGAGUUUAUUAUGUGGAUCAUAACACCAGAACAACAACGUGGCAGCGGCCCACCAUGGAAUCUGUUAGAAACUUUGAACAGUGGCAGUCUCAGCGGAACCAAUUGCAGGGAGCUAUGCAACAGUUCAACCAACGAUACCUCUAUUCGGCUUCAAUGUUAGCUGCAGAAAAUGACCCAUAUGGGCCUUUGCCACCAGGCUGGGAAAAAAGAGUAGAUUCAACAGACAGAGUUUACUUUGUGAAUCAUAACACAAAAACAACCCAAUGGGAGGAUCCAAGAACUCAAGGCCUACAGAAUGAAGAACCCCUGCCAGAAGGCUGGGAAAUUAGGUAUACUCGAGAAGGCGUUAGAUACUUCGUCGAUCAUAACACAAGAACAACAACAUUCAAAGAUCCUCGAAAUGGGAAGUCAUCUGUAACUAAAGGUGGUCCACAAAUUGCUUACGAACGCAGCUUUAGGUGGAAACUUGCUCACUUCCGUUAUUUGUGCCAGUCUAAUGCGCUACCCAGUCAUGUGAAGAUCAAUGUGUCCCGGCAGACAUUGUUUGAAGAUUCCUUCCAACAGAUUAUGGCAUUAAAACCCUAUGACUUGAGGAGGCGAUUAUACGUAAUAUUUCGAGGAGAAGAAGGACUUGAUUAUGGUGGUUUAGCAAGAGAAUGGUUUUUCUUGCUCUCACAUGAAGUCUUGAACCCAAUGUAUUGUUUAUUUGAGUAUGCUGGCAAGAACAACUACUGCCUGCAGAUAAAUCCAGCAUCAACCAUUAAUCCUGAUCAUCUUUCAUACUUCUGUUUCAUUGGUCGCUUUAUCGCUAUGGCACUUUUUCAUGGAAAAUUUAUCGAUACUGGUUUCUCUUUACCAUUCUACAAGCGUAUGCUAAGUAAAAAACUUACUAUUAAGGAUUUGGAAUCUAUUGAUACUGAAUUUUAUAACUCCCUUAUCUGGAUAAGAGACAAUAACAUUGAAGAAUGUGGCUUAGAAAUGUACUUUUCUGUUGACAUGGAGAUUUUGGGAAAAGUUACUUCACAUGAUCUGAAAUUAGGAGGUUCUAAUAUCCUAGUGACUGAGGAGAACAAAGAUGAAUAUAUUGGUCUAAUGACAGAAUGGCGUUUUUCUCGAGGAGUGCAAGAACAGACCAAAGCUUUCCUUGAUGGCUUUAAUGAAGUUGUUCCCCUUCAAUGGCUGCAGUACUUUGAUGAAAAAGAAUUAGAGGUUAUGUUGUGUGGCAUGCAGGAGGUUGACUUGGCAGACUGGCAAAGAAAUACUGUUUAUCGACAUUAUACAAGAAACAGCAAACAAAUCAUUUGGUUUUGGCAGUUUGUGAAAGAGACAGACAAUGAAGUAAGAAUGCGACUUUUGCAGUUUGUCACUGGAACCUGCCGUUUACCUCUAGGAGGAUUUGCUGAGCUCAUGGGAAGUAAUGGGCCUCAAAAAUUUUGCAUUGAAAAAGUUGGCAAAGACACCUGGUUACCAAGAAGCCACACGUGCUACUGGAACAAUACCUGGUAUAUAAUAGGUGUUCUUAAAUCACUGCUGAAAGAAUGGAACACUUUUAACCCAAGAAAAGUUAAAAGGAUUCAUGACACCACUUUUAAUCGCUUGGAUCUACCACCAUAUAAGAGUUAUGAACAACUAAAGGAAAAGCUUCUUUUUGCAAUAGAAGAGACAGAGGGAUUUGGACAAGAAUGAAUGUGGCUUCUUGUCUUGGAGGAGCUCUUGCAUUUAAAUACCCCAGCCAAGAAAAAUUGCACAUAUAGUGUAAAUAAGCUGUUCAUUCUGUACAGUGAAUUUUCUGAACCUCUCAAAGUAUAAAUGUUUUCCGUUCUUCCACAGAAAUAUGCAAAACAGUUCAUCCUUUUCUACUUUAUUUAUUGUUCCCUUGAAGUGACUGACCAGGAAAAAGAUCAUCCUUAAAUUUUGAAGCAAGCAAGACUUUAUUAAAAAAUAAUAAGUAUAUAUCUAUAUAAGCAUAUAUGACAGUGGCUCUAGUUUUAUAGAGCUCAGUGUUUUAAACAUGACAGCCAUUCAUUGAAAAAGAUCUGGAGUUGCUUUACCUUGUUCCUGUUAUCCAGGGGGAAAAGUGCAAAUUGCUCUAUGUUGUUCUCCCUUACGCAGCAUCUCCUAAGGGUGUUUAGUUGCAUGGCUGUCCAGGAAGGUAUUAAGGGCUUAGGCCAAAUCUUACUUUGAGUAUAUUAAGAAAUGCUGCUGGCUUUUCUAAAGAUAGGUUCUUGAACCUGUCAAUUUGUUUUAAAUACAUACAGUAGUUGGAAAUUUUCCCUCUUUGCUACGUCAGUAAUACAAAGUAAUGAAUGAAACCAUAACUUACAUAAAAUUCAUAUAUUAGAACUGAUACCAUUUAGGUUAUUGUAGAGAUUGGAAAUAAUUCAUUGAGCAGCAUAGAGGUUUGUUUAUGUGUUACUUUGGGAUGCUAGGUAUUUGUGGAAUUAAAACGAAUCAGGCACUUCUGUACUCUUGUUUUUAAAUCUGUGGUGUUCUUCAAAUUUAAGUCAUAAUAAACUGAUGCAAUUUGAUACUUAGGAACAUAUAAAAGAAAAUUUGAACUUUGCUGCUUUUGUUUGUGUUCAAAGUUUCAGUUUUAUAAAAUCGGAUUGAAGAGUUACAUAAACAUUUAAACAAACAAAUGACUAGCAAUUUUCUAUUAGUGUUUAAAUAUUUCCUUCCUCUUAAAUUCAUGAAAAUUCUAUGUAUCUGAAUUAAAUAUACAUACAAGAAAUCUUUUGGUCCUCCCCCCUUUUUACAUAGGCCAAAUUAUUUUUGUCCUAAAUAAAAAAUAACACUUUUUAAUUGCUUUUCAUUAUUAAGGGCAUUUGCUAAACUACAAAGAUGUAUAACAAAAUCUGAUGUGAAUGAUACUAAUGUUACUUUUAGCAAACUGGGCUUCCUUAUUAAUACAAAAAUUUACAUUUCCAUUUGUAUCAUGCUUUCAGUAUGCACUGUAAAUUUCAUUAAAUUAACUUAAAUUUUUUUUAUAACCAUGGGACUGACUUCUUAGAAUGUGAUAUCUGUAGCAUAUUUCACUGCUAAGUGCUUAAGGAAAAUACUAGUAUACAAUUUACUAAGUAUACAAUUUAAUUUCCCUAAACAGUUUUUGUUUUGCCAAAAUUUUAUUUUUCUACAUGUUAACUUAGAUUGUGUUCUGCAUUUUUAUCCAAAAUUCAUAGUAAAGAUGAAAUAAAAGCAGUGAUCCACUUGGUUGAGUAGACUCCUUUCCCAAAUUUUAAUUACUCUUGGGUUAUUUUCAAGCCUAAGAAAUAAAAGAAAAAGAAAAUUCUAAUGUAUGUAACGGGUUUUGUAGUAGAGGGUGACCAAUCUUAAAAGGAAAACUUCUUAAAUUAUACCAUGAAAGAGUUCAAUAUUAGACACAAAGAAGGUACCAUGAUAUGAAUUUUGCUGUGCUAAGAGUAUCAUUCAGUGGAGUUAGGUGAGAAUAUCACUUAGCAGUUUUAUUUGACUGGAGAUAGGUAGAAGGAGGCUUUAGGUGAGAAAUUAACAUACAUCCUGGUGAAGAUACACAGAACCAGCUUUCUGGAGAAGGCUAGCUUGGAGAACUCAUCAAAGCCUUCCACCUAAUCAUACCCAGUUGUAGAUACGCAGGCCUGCAGGUAGAGCCAUCUUAAUCUACUCACUGGCAGUGUGAGAAACCGGAGAAAUGUGGCCCAGUUCUCACUUGCUCUCUUUCCUUCCCAUCCCUGUUCUGCACUGGGCUAACCACAAGGAAAUUAGAAGUGCAAGGCUUACUCUGCCUGAACACAGACAGUUCAUGAGGAAAUAGGCAAGAGAGGGAGGCUCAGAGGGUUUCAUAUUGCUAUUUUAUUUCUGUGACUCUCCCCACUACCACCAGUAAACUGAGCCCAGUGGAUGGAUCACAGGCACAAACCAAUUUCAUCAAUAAGAUCAGUUGUCUGUCUUCCGGAGAAAGAAACUACAAUUGUUUUCUUUAGUACUCUUCCCCCUCCUAGGCAGUUGAGGGUCAAAGGUCUAACAAAAUCUUUUCCCCUGCUGACUUCAGUUAACCAACUGGCUCUUCUUACCCUGAAAACUAGAUACAAUGGCAUGUGUCACCUAUAUUUCCAGGCAACUUUUCUUCUAUUAAAAAUGACCCCUGACUGGUAAGUAAGUUACACCUAGACUGGGAAAACUCUAGAUACUUGAUAGGAGGGCACAGCUUUGGGCUUCCCUGAGUGUGGAAACUCUUGUAACUGCAUGCUCUCAUGAAGACCCUGAACUGUCACCUGGGAAGAUGAUCGUUCUUGGAGAGCUGUGUGGAUGGUCUGCUACACAGACUGCUGCAAAGCCUUCUUGAAAGGAGGCCUGACACUGCCCUGCUGGCCACUUAUGGUUCCUGUCCUGUAUUUUCCUGAGUAAACUGAUGCCAAGCAUAGCCUAUUAAGGUCUUGUUGCGUCUGAGUAUUUAACUGAACCUGAGAUGAUCCCCUGGUGAUGUUGCAGAAAUAAAACAGAAAUCUUGUUGAAAUAUGCAGAUGAGAGAAUAAAGGUUCUCCUAUAACACCAUUUUUCUAAUCCAUUAAACUUAAAAGUCAAGCUUGAGGUCAACUAGGGAUUUGGUUCUACCCCCUCAGGAGAAAAGCCCACACCGUAUCAGAAGCAUCUGUACCUUUAUAAGGCUCCUUUGUACCUAGUGUAUCCUCUUUGGUCACAAGACACAGUUCAUUGCUCACAGAAGGCAGUGAAAUUGGUCAGAACAAGACCCUUGUUAAUGCCAAAGCCCUUCCACCCUAUGGCAAAAAAAAAAUAACCCUGCUCCUAUUUUUCCUUCUCAGGCACACAGUCGAAAAUAGGUUGUAUAGUGAGCACCACAUGAAAGCGUAAAAUAUUCCCAAAAUAACGUAUCAACAAAAACAAGUCCAACUUUAGAACCUAUUAUACCACCACAGUCGUCAAAA